AUGGAUCCCACCGACAAAGACAGCGCGAAGCUCUCCAAGGGCAGCGCCGAGUUCCACGAGGAUGUCAACACCAUGAAGGUCGUCCCGACCGCGGACCUCCCCGACCUGAUGGCCGAGGAGGUCUCGUAUGGUCGUAGCGGUCUUCGCGGUCUCCUCGAUUCGCCUUUCGUCUUCGGUGCUUCCUUCCUGGCCUCUCUCGGUGGCUUCUCCUUCGGCUACGACCAGGGCGUCAUCUCCAUCAUCAAUGUCAUGCCCCAGUUCCUCGCCGCAUAUCCCAUCCUGAACCAGGGCGGUUUCUAUACCGGUCUCAUGACUGCCAUGCUGGAACUCGGCGCCUUCCUGGGCUGCUUCUUCAUGCCCUGGCUCGCCGACAAGAUCAGCCGGAAAUGGGCACUGACCGUCGUCGUCGUCAUUUUCUGCAUUGGCGCUAUCAUCCAGACCUCUGCUCCCAACUACGGUGCUCUCGUUUUUGGCCGCUUCUUCGGAGGUAUUGGCGUCGGUACUUUGGCACUGGGCGCACCGCUUUACAUCUCGGAGAUCGCACCUCCGAACCUCCGCGGAGCUCUCCUUGUGCUCGAGUCCGUUUCCAUCGUGGCCGGUGUGGUUGUUUCGUACUGGAUCAGCUACGGCACCAAGGAGCUUGAGGGCGAGAUCGCAUUCCGUCUUCCCUUCGGCCUCCAGAUGGUCUGCGCCAUCCUCCUUGGCACCGGCAUCCACUUCUUCCCUUACAGUCCUCGUUGGCUCGGCUUGAAGGGCCGCGAGUCAGACUGUCUGCAGAGCCUGUCUCAGCUUCGCCGCCUGCCCCCCACCGACAACCGCGUCCAGGCUGAGUUCCAGGCCAUCAUGACCGAGGUCGAGUUCCAGAAGAGGGUUGUCGAGCGCAACCACCCCGGCCUUUCUGGCUUCAAGCUCGAGAUCGCCACCUGGCUCGAUCUGUUCAGGAGAAAGAGCUGGAGGCGUACGGCUGUCGGCACUGGUAUCGCCUUCUUCCAGCAGUUUUCUGGCAUCAACGGCUUCAUCUACUACGCUCCCAUUCUUUUCCGCUCUUUGGGCCAGACCGACGAGAUGUCGCUCAUCCUCUCGGGCACGCUCAACAUCAGCCAGCUUUUCGCCGUUAUUGUAUGCUUCUUCAUCAUCGACCGCGUCGGCCGGCGCCCGCUCGCCAUCUGGGGCGCGAUCGGUAUGAUGACGCCGUACAUCGUCAUGAGCAUCCUGGUCGGGCUCUACUCAUCGGACUGGCCAAGCCACUCGGCGGCAGGCUGGGGGACCACGGCCAUGGCCUACAUUUACACCUUUUUCUACGGCGUCUCCUAUUCGCCUUUGACCUGGUGUCUGCCCAGUGAGAUCUUCCCCAACGGCACUCGUGCCAAGGGCGUUGCGCUGUCGACAUCGGUUGUCUGGCUGGCCAACUUCAUCAUCGGCGUCAUCGUUCCCACUAUGAUCGAGCAGGCCGGCUUUGGGACUUAUGUCUUCUUCGCCUGCUGGUGCGCGCUCGCCGCUGUUUGGGCCUACUACCUUGUUCCGGAGACCAAGGGCCGCACCCUCGAGCAGAUGGAUGAGGUCUUUGGCGACAACUCGGCGCAGGAGGAGCGCGAGAUUAUGGCUGAGGUGUUGCGCAGCGGCGGUGCGAGGAGGGCGGAUGAGCUGGUUCAAGAUGUGAAGGUGUGA